ACCUUGUACAAAUGCUUGGCCUUUAUGUCAUUUAAACUCUUUGUUCCAUACGUUUGUUAAAAUUACUUAAGACAUUUCUAUUUCUUUCGGUAUAAAUCAUAUAGUGUUACAAAAUGGGAAACAAAUCUUCACUUCUACUAAGAGAGGAAGAAAUUGCAAGAAUUCAAGAUGAAACUGGCUUCACUCCAAAUCAAAUUGAGCGUUUGUACUCAAGAUUCACAUCUCUAGAUCGUGGAGACUGUGGAACUCUUUCACGAGAUGAUUUUUUGAGAAUACCCGAACUCGCAAUAAAUCCCUUAGGUGAUAGGAUUGUCCAUGCAUUUUUUGCUCAAAGUCAUGAUGACAGGGUGAAUUUCUUACAGUUUAUGCAAGUCUUAGCACAUUUCAGACCCAUUAAGAAGAAUCGGGAAAAUAAAUUGAACAGCAGGGAAGAAAAAUUGAGAUUUGCAUUCAAAAUGUAUGACUUGGACAAUGAUGACAUGAUAUCUCGGGAUGAACUUCUUGCCAUUUUACAUAUGAUGGUGGGUGCAAAUAUAAGUGAAGAACAAUUGUCAAGCAUUGCCGAAAGAACUAUUCUAGAAGCUGAUCAAAAUGGUGAUCAAAUGAUCUCAUUUGAUGAUUUUUGUAAAGCUUUGGAACGCACAGAUGUUGAACAAAAGAUGUCCAUUAGAUUCUUAAAUUAAUGUACAUUCCAAAAUAGCUCAUUUUUAAUAUAUAUCGAUAUACUAUAUUUAUUAUGAUAAAUAUAGUGCUAUUAAUUUUAGGAAAAGUCCAAUGGUUUUACAAAAUUAUGUUUUACAUGUAUGUGGUGUAAAAACAGCAGCAUAAGUACUUUAUAUGCAUAUUAAUUUGUACUUUAAAUCAAUAUUUUAAUUAUGUAUUUUUUUAAAGAUGAUACAGAUGAAUAAUUUAGUUCUUCUCCCACAU